AUGACGAAGGCUAACGCAGUCGGAAUCGAUCUUGGCACGACGUACUCGUGCGUUGGUGUCUUUAUGCAUGGUAAGGUGGAAAUCAUCGCGAACGAUCAAGGCAAUCGUACGACACCAUCCUAUGUCGCGUUCACGGACACCGAACGUUUAAUUGGAGAUGCUGCAAAGAAUCAGGUGGCGAUGAAUCCUCACAAUACUGUGUUCGACGCGAAGAGACUCAUCGGUCGUAAGUUCGAUGACCCCGCAGUCCAGGCUGAUAUGAAGCAUUGGCCGUUCAAAGUUGUUGCAGCCGAAGGUUCCAAGCCCAAGGUACAAGUUGAGUACAAAGGAGAGAUAAAAGUGUUUACACCAGAAGAAAUAUCGUCUAUGGUUCUAACGAAGAUGAAGGAUACUGCCGAAGCCUUCCUGGGAUCUACGGUGAAGGAUGCCGUCAUUACUGUACCCGCUUACUUUAAUGACUCUCAGCGCCAAGCUACUAAGGAUGCAGGGGCUAUCGCGGGUCUUAAUGUCCUUCGAAUCAUAAACGAGCCAACAGCUGCUGCUAUCGCCUAUGGUCUCGACAAGAAGGGUACAGGGGAGAGAAAUGUUCUCAUAUUUGAUCUUGGAGGGGGAACCUUUGACGUUUCCAUCCUGACUAUUGAAGAUGGCAUUUUCGAAGUGAAGUCUACUGCUGGAGACACGCAUCUUGGAGGGGAGGACUUCGACAACCGCAUGGUCAACCACUUUGUGGCAGAGUUCAAGCGAAAACACAAGAAAGACCUAAACACUAAUCCGCGUGCGCUCAGACGUCUUCGUACUGCUUGCGAACGCGCAAAGCGUACUCUUUCAUCGUCAUCUCAGGCUUCCAUUGAGAUUGACUCACUCUUCGAAGGCAUUGAUUUCUACACAAACAUUACCCGUGCCCGGUUUGAGGAGCUUUGUGCCGAUCUCUUCCGUUCGACCAUGGACCCAGUUGAGAAGUCUCUCAGAGAUGCCAAAAUGGACAAGAGUCAGGUGAACGACAUUGUACUUGUUGGAGGCUCGACGCGUAUUCCUAAAGUGCAGAAACUUCUGUCUGAUCUGUUCUCUGGAAAGGAACUGAACAAGUCCAUCAACCCAGAUGAAGCUGUCGCUUAUGGUGCUGCUGUGCAGGCCGCCAUCCUUUCAGGCGAUAAAUCUGAAGCGGUCCAAGAUCUUCUUCUUCUUGAUGUCGCUCCACUCUCGCUUGGUAUUGAGACUGCUGGAGGUGUUAUGACCGCUUUGAUUAAGAGGAACACCACAAUCCCUACAAAGACAAGCCAGACGUUUACGACAUACUCCGACAACCAACCCGGGGUAUUGAUCCAGGUCUUUGAAGGAGAACGAGCGAUGACGAAAGACAAUAACCUUCUUGGGAAGUUCGAGCUAUCUGGAAUCCCACCAGCUCCACGUGGAGUGCCACAGAUUGAGGUUAGUGUUACCUUCGAUAUUGACGCUAAUGGUAUCUUAAAUGUUUCUGCGCAGGACAAAUCAACUGGAAAACAGAAUAAGAUUACUAUCACAAACGACAAAGGACGGUUGUCGAAGGAUGAGAUUGAGCGUAUGGUUAAUGAAGCUGAGAAAUACAAAGCGGAGGAUGAAGCACAGAAAGAUCGUAUUGGUGCGAAGAACUCUCUCGAGAGCUACGCUUUCAAUAUGAAGCAGACCCUCGAUGAUGAGAAGUUAAAGGACAAGAUCUCAGCCGACGACCGUAAGAAAAUUGAGACCAAGUGUGAUGAAGUCAUCAGGUGGCUUGACAGCAACCAGACCGCUGAGAAGGACGAGUUUGAACAUCAGCAGAAAGAACUGGAAGCUGUCUGCAACCCCAUCAUCACCAAGAUGUACCAAAGCGCAGGAGGUGCACCAGGUGGUAUGCCGGGCGGCAUGCCUGGAGGAAUGCCCGGAGGAAUGCCAGGAGGUGGUUCCGCUGGCGGGCCCACCAUUGAGGAAGUUGACUGA